AUGGGCGAUGCUUCCAUAUUGAUGAAAUUGCUUGGUUUUCUAUGGAUGAAUAUUGGAAUAGCAUUGAUCGCAAUCACCCUUCAGCAACCAGCCCAAACCCAGUUACAGAUGAACAAGACUGCUGAACUGUUGUUAGGUUACGACUUCUGUCAGAACUCAGUGGAUGAUCAGGUUCUUUUCAUUGCGCCAAACAUCGGUGCGCUGAUGGUCUUAAUCAAAAAUAUGGGAAUUGCUUAA